AUGGAGAAUACUCACCAUAAAAGAGAGGGCAAGCGCCUGCCCUGGAGGAAUCGCCAGCGCUGGCAGGUCCUGGACUCCGAGGAGAGACGUCUGCGGCCGCUGCCACCCGCUCAGGGGCGCCCGAACGACCCCGAAGAUGCCGGCUUGUUCCCAGGGGCCAGAGGCGCGUCCUCACGGCUCGAGCCCCGCAGCAGCGCCCCCUCUGCCCGGCAGGGUGGCCCGGAGUUGGAGCGUUCUUGGGGAAGUUGGCGCUCCAACGCGGCGGGAGGGCGCAGGGGGUCGGGUGGGAGUGGGAAAGCGUCUUUCUGCGCGGAUCCCGGGGGCGCGCCAAGGCCCGCGCUCCAGCGGUUCCUAAGCUCCGCGCUGGACCUGGAGGGCGGCGAGUCCCGAGCUCAAGGCGCACGGGCCGCGCCUCUGCCGCCCGCCCCUAGCGCGCCCGGCGUCUUCCCCCUCGCCCUGGGCGCGCGCAUUGGUGUUCGAAGCUGGGGCCCGGGUCCGGGCUACGGUGCGCUCAUCGCCCUCCCCAAGGGGCUGGGCGUCUUUGUGCGCCGGACGCGCCGACCGCCGCGGCCAGCUCUGGAUGCUGCAGCCGCCGCCGCCGCCGCCGCCGCCGCCGCCGCCUCCCCCUCCUCCUCCGCCGCCGCCCGCUCCCCGCCUUCCCGGCCGGCCCAGAGGCUGCAGCUGA